GAGGAAAGACCGGUCUACCGAGGUUUACGGUUCGGCGACGUCGGUUCGAAAUAAGUCACCAAACAUCGGCCGAUCGCUCAAGUUGUGCUUCGGACGAUACUUCAUAGUAGUGAAUUCGCAGUUUUGCCGAUAUACACAAAUAACGAUUAUUGCGGUUUGAUCGCGAACGCAGUGUCUGUUCGUCAACGAGGUACCAAGGAUCACCAAAGUCAAGGAUGCAGUACUUGGGAUGGCUUGUCACGGUUCUGGGACUGCUGGAUUUGGGCGUCGCGACGCCCAACGGAUGGCGGGAAAAGCGUCAGAACGGUGUAAACUCGGCGGUCGAGAAUUGCCGGAGGAUUUUCAACGCCGCGUGCGACUCGUUGAACAUUCCGUCUACGUCGACGCCGCCUCCCCUGAACACGGCGUUGCCUAAAGUCCAGGUAUCGGACUGUCAAUGCGUGUUGUACAACCUCUGCUCGAGCGAGAGCGUCUCCAAUUCGGACGGAUCGUUCGUGAUCGACAAAAGGCUCGGCGAGACCUGCUCAGGCACCCUGGACGUCUGCUGCCCGAAGUCGUCUAUCCUGAAUCGCCCGAUUGACAGAGCGACGCAGGCGCCGACGAUGAUGACGACGCCGACGCCGCGUCCGACGGCGACGCAGAAGCCGUUACCGACGCCGGGGCCACUGCAGCCCAACGUCCCGGUAAGGUCGGGCUGCGGAUACCGCAAUCCCCAGGGAGUCACCGUCAGGAUAACCGGUAGCGACAACGAGGCCCAGUUUGCCGAGUUCCCCUGGAUGGUAGCCGUCCUCACCAAACCGCCUCCAGGCACCGAACAGAGCGGCUACAUCUGCGGCGGCUCGUUGAUCCACCCCCGGGCUGUCCUGACCGCCGCCCACACAAUCGAGGGGAAGAGCGCCGAGGAACUGGUGGUCAGAGCCGGAGAUUGGGACUCGCUGAGCCGAACCGAGCCAAUUCCGCACCAGCAGCUGGAGGUGGAGGCUGUCAUUCUCCACGAGAACUUCAACACCGAUAAUCUUCACAACGACUUUGCGGUUCUGAUCCUCAAGACGCCGUUCGUCAUCACGCCGAGUGUAAACACGGUCUGCCUGCCUCGGGAGAACGACGUCUUUGAAGCUGUCAGGUGCACGGCCACUGGAUGGGGCAAAAACACCUUCGAAGCAGUGGGCCGAUUCCAGGCUGUUCUUAAGAAAAUCGAGCUUCCCGUGGUACCGCACACACCUUGUCAAACUAACUUGCGACGCACCAGACUUGGAAACGCUUUCAUUCUCGAUCAGAGUUUCAUAUGUGCCGGCGGAGAGGCUGGACAGGACACUUGCACGGGUGACGGUGGCAGUCCGUUGGUCUGCCCUUCGAAGAAUGCUCAGGACCGAUACGUUCAGGCUGGUAUCGUGGCCUGGGGAAUCGGUUGCGGUGCCGAUCGAACACCUGGCGUCUACGCUAGCGUAAGUAAGGCUCGUCGAUGGAUCGACGGCAAAAUGGCUCAGUACAACCUUGACACGUCUUCGUACCUGGCGUGAUGAUCGUCAAACAGAAGACAUUUCUGCAGACUGCUAUAAACCGUGCUGGCGAUGGAGGGAAACUUUUUUCUGAAUGUAUUUGCUUUUUUAUUUUCACAUCUUUCGUGAAUAGCGACAAGUGUAAACUCGUUUACUCUACACAUGACCAAGAUACAGUGUGUUCUGUGUGCGAAUGAAAUAACAACUAUUUACAUAAUCA